UCUAAAACCCAAAAGAGGUCUCUCAAAGAGACGCCAUUAGAGGGUCUUUCACAAGCUCUCCUUCUUCGGUCCUUCAUCUCCUCCGAAGAGGAUCGAAGGGCUGAAGAGAGAGAGAGAGAGGGGGAGAGCAACUGGUGGCGAAUGCCCUUCUUUCUCUCUGAUUUGUGAAGACAUGGGGUCUGUUGCUAGGAGAAGCUAGAUUGGAGUUUACUUUCUGUAACAGAAUUGAUGGGAAACAACAGAUUACAAGCUAUUGAAAAUAAGAAAGAUGGGUUCCUCGCCUUUCCGGGAUUUGGAUUUUCAUGGAACACCCAAGAGGAGUAUUAUCAUCCAGGAGGUUUGUUUGCAAGCGUUGGCCAAGUGGGAGUGGGCUUUGGUAUUUCACCAGACCCUCCAAAUCCUAAAGGAAAUGAUGGUAUAAAGAUUCCAUGCACUGAUCUUUAUGUGAAAUAUGUUUCUCCGGAGUUUGGAUUUCGUAUUGUUGGAAAUCCACCAGCGCCAGCUGCUGCAGAAGUGGUGAGCAUGGAAGAGGAAGUUGAGCUGAGGACUAGGAAGAAGCGUGGAUUCAAGUUUAAAAUUAGGGUUGCCAACCCCUCUUUUAGGAGACUGAUCAGUGGGGCGAUUGCUGGGGCAGUCUCACGGACUGCUGUUGCUCCACUAGAGACAAUCAGGACUCAUCUUAUGGUUGGGAGCAGUGGAGAGUCAACCACAGAAGUCUUCCAUAACAUUAUGAAAGUAGAAGGGUGGAAGGGCUUGUUUCGUGGUAAUCUUGUCAAUGUUAUUCGGGUUGCCCCAAGCAAGGCUAUAGAGUUAUUUGCCUUUGAUACAGUCAACAAGGUUUUGUCUCCUAAAGAUGGGGAACCUGCUAAGAUGCCUGUCCCAUCAUCACUUGUUGCAGGAGCCAUUGCUGGAGUUAGCUCAACCUUGAGUACUUACCCUCUUGAAUUACUCAAGACUCGACUAACAAUACAGAGAGGUGUCUAUGAGAACCUCCUGCAUGCGUUCAUUAAAAUCGUGAAAGAAGAAGGCCCUGCAGAACUGUACAGAGGUCUCACACCAAGUCUAAUAGGAGUGGUACCUUAUGCGGCCACCAAUUACUAUGCAUAUGAUACAUUGAAAAAGGUAUACAGGAAGGUCUUGAAGCAGGAGGACAUCGGCAACAUUGCUACACUACUAAUUGGAUCAGCAGCUGCUGCUGUCUCGAGCAGUGCAACUUUCCCGCUCGAGGUAGCUCGCAAGCACAUGCAGGCAGGUGCCGUCGGAGGAAGGCAGGUUUACAAAAACAUGCUUCAUGCACUCUUGAGCAUUCUGGAACAGGAGGGCAUUGGCGGACUUUACAAAGGUUUAGGGCCAAGUUGUAUGAAGCUAGUGCCGGCGGCAGGAAUUUCGUUCAUGUGUUACGAGGCUUGCAAGAGGAUCCUCACUGACAAAGACAAUGAUGCAUAGCAGUAUGUCUUUUGGUGGUAUCAAGACCAAAUUUUGGGUGUUUUUCUCAUGCCGGCUCAGUUGAUCUCUAAAGUUUGAGCUGGUCGGGUCUUGAGUUCGAUUCUUUUUUUUGGUUUUUCAAAUCUGUUUUAGCUUAUUGUCUGACUUAAAAAUUGCUCCAUAGAGAUGACUUAUUGAUUUUGCAAUCUCCAAAUAAUAUUUCAAAACCAGGUUUUUCUUGA